AAUUUGAAAUAAAACAUGAACACAUAUAAAUAUUAUCAUUAUUCAAUCGUAAUAUAUUUCUUGAAACCCAAGUUUCGUUUAUUUAAUAGCGAAGGAAAGAAGGAGAAGAAACGAAAGAAGAAGAAGAAAUCCGAUAGCGCCGAUGAGGAGGACUUUGGAGGAGGAGGUGGUGUAGCGGAGGAGGAGGGGAGUGGUGUAGCUGAGGAGGCCAGUCGCAAGUCGAGGAAGUCUCGAGCCCAAAAGGCGGCCGCCAGUACCCCCGCCACCCCACAGUCGCAGGCCGACAAUUCGGGUAUGCCAACCGUUGAAGAGGUGUGCAGCACGUUCGGCCUGACUGAUGUGACGUUGGAUUUCUCGGAUGAGGAUUACCAGAACCUCACCACUUACAAACUGUUCCAGCAACAUGUCAGACCCAUUCUGUCCAAGGACAAUCCUAAGGUAUUCAUUUAUUCUCAAUCAUUCAGAAUCUCGAAACCACAGAAUACAUACAGAAUGGAAACUCGGCCAGAAUCGUGUUGCCAAAAGCCGCAAUCUUGAAAGAUAGCCAAUCUU